AUGGACUUUUACUGUACUCAUAUUGCACCAUGUAGCCCAGCGCUUGGAUAUGGAUCAGAUGGACACUGUCCUCGGCUAGACUGCUGCAGCUCCACUUGGUCGGGGUCGGGACUCGGAGAGAUGAAGGGAUUUAGCUCCGUUCUGUGGGGAACCCCUUCAUGA